CAUAAUAGAUACCUCAUUCAAAGGAAAAAGACAAAAAAGAAAUACCUCAUUUAAAGUAAAAUGAAAUAGAAUCUAGAAUCUAAUUAAGAAAUGGGAAAUUGCAUAUCUUGUGUAUCUUCAAAUAUUCAAGUGCAUGAAGAUGGCUUUCAUGAAAAUUGCUUGCACAUUGUUGAAAGAAGCCUUAAGGUUGGUUCUGUGCACUCUCGACGAGGAGCCCAAGGUCUAAAUCAAGAUGCUGCUAUUCUCCGCGAGGGGUAUGGAAGUACAGAGGAUGGGGUAUUAUGUGCCCUUUUCGACGGGCAUGGAAUAUAUGGACAUAAAGUGAGCAUGUUUGUAAGAAACCAGCUACCUGCAUUACUAUUAAACCAAAUAUCAUCUUUGGAAUGGGAUGAGGCUUGUGUUGUUAGUUCUUUCGAAGCAAUGGAUGAGCUGCUCAGGCAGUCCGAGGAUGUGGACUCUACUCACAGCGGAGCUACUGCUGUGGUUGUCAUCAAACAGGGUGCAGAUCUUGUUAUUGCUAAUCUUGGAGAUUCCCGCGCUGUGUUGGGAACAAUAACUGAAUUUGGUGUCCAAGCUACUCAGUUAACAGUGGAUCUGAAGCCUGAUGUACCUGCUGAAGCUGAUCGGAUUAAACAAUCUAAAGGUCAGGUGUUUGCUCUAGAGGAUGAAACACACAUCCCACGAAUAUGGCAACCCGAAGAGAACAUCCCAGGCCUUGCUAUGUCUCGAGCUUUUGGAGACUUCAAUAUGAAGUCUUACGGGUUAAUUGCCAUUCCUGAGGUUUCUCAUCACCGAUUAAAUUCAGAAGAUCAUUUCCUUGUGCUGGCUAGCGAUGGGGUGUGGGAUGUGCUAAGCAAUGAGGAAGUUGUCUCAGUUGUAUGGUCAGCAGAAAACAAAGAGGCAGCCACAGAAGCAGUUACAUAUAGAGCUCGUGCAGCAUGGUCACACAACUUUCCAUCAGCAAGGCCUGAUGACUGCACGGCCAUCUGCCUGUUCUUUUAGCCGUUAUAGGAAAAUGAACGCGUACCUGCUUGUGUAUAGAUUAUGAAUAAAACAGAUGUAUUUGUUUAUUGAACUUUUAGGUCUUUUAUGUCUACCUUUUGAUGAGCUACUUGCACAGUUGCACACUUGUACGAUUGUUUGUACUACAUAACACAGUACAUAAUUUUCAUUUUAUGAAAAGACCAUCUGUGAUCCUGUUUGAUA